GGCUCAUCGUUAUUGAUAUGCACAUGGGCAAUCAGAUCAAGAUAAUGGUUGUUUUAACUUAUGGGCAAGUGGGUAAAUGCAAAAGUGAAACUAAACAAAGGAGAGAAGAAGGGAUUGUCUACAAUCACUCCCGUUUCAGGGAAUUUUGGGUUCUGGCUCUUUGAAGGCCGAACACGGAUAGGCGAAUAGCAAUGUGUUCAAGCAUUGCUCAGGCUGAGUUAGGAAUUGGGCUAUCGUUAUCGUGAACCGUCUAGGAGAGAAAGCUGUUGCCUGCCAGCUUCAGUGGCCUGUGCAGUGUGCAUCAGAUAUUUUGGGCCAUUGUGCCGACUGUGGACCAAACUCCAUAGAUUCGUGUUGCUAAACGCAUUCCAACAUCAAUUUUGGUUGCCCUUUUUUGUAUUUACUUUUUCCAUUCCCAAUGUCCAUAGAGAUGGAGUAUAUCAUGCUUUUCUGAUUCAUUUCAUCAACUCACAGCGAUGUUGAUGCCCAACUCUUACUCUAAAUUUGGGGUAGGUCUAUCCCCAGUUUUAAAGGUCGGGAUGAGCCCAGUUCAUCUUUUUCUUUUUGGUUUAAUUUUCAAAUUUGCCUUUCAAGUUCUAAUGAUAGCAAAGAAAAUAACGUAUAAAAUGUUCUCAUCAGCAGGUUUAACUUUUUUCCAAAUGCAUCAGGAAAUUGAUUUAUACGGUAAAAAUUGGAGGAUUCUUUAACAGAAAUGAAGACAAUAUUGUAGCACUUACCUCCCAGUUGGAGCUCUACGUCUGUCAGAUAAUUUAUUUAUUUUAAUGUGAUGUUGAGAGUUUGCAUCAUUUAAUUUUUCUUUGGAGGGAGAGUCAAAUCAUAUGCUUUGUCGUCGGCAUCUUUUGAGGUUGAUAUAUCACUUAUCCUCUGGGGGUCUUAUUUUUGCCUUUGGCUUUUUCUUUCCGGAGCAUUGCUGCUUCCAUUAAUCAUAUCCCGAUGUUUUGGUUUUAUUGUCAUUUACGAUCUAUUUCGGCUGAAAUAGCAACUCUAAUCUCUCCCUAGUUGAGUUGAUACUGCUAGUUUGAACGGUUAAAAUGGGUAAAAAACAUGUACCAGAAAAUCUACUCUUUUGUAUUAAAAAAAAGUGAAAAAAAAAUCGAAAUCCUCCACAUUAACACGUGUCAAGAGCUGAAACAUAUGACAUAAUCUCUAUCCUACAAUCGCGAAACAGGUUACUAUUUCUCCUCGAUCUCCCCGGCCAUAUUACCGCAGUUUCACUUUAUUCUCUUUGCUCGUUCACUGUCCCAAUCCUAAAGCUAAAAUUGUCAAUUUGCUGCUCUCUCUAAUUCAAUUUUUAUCCAAAAGAAACGAAAAUUCAGAGCUAAAAAUUCAAUGGGUCCUGAGUCGAGCUCCGCAACAACAUCAUCAUCGACGCCAUCCCCAAGUGGGAAACGAAGCAGAGAUCCUGAAGAUGAGGUUUAUCUUGACAAUCUCCACUCUCACAAGCGUUAUCUCAGUGAGAUAAUGGCGUCUAGUUUGAAUGGAUUAACUGUUGGGGACCCACUUCCUGAAAAUCUAAUGGAAUCUCCGGCUAGGUCUGAAGGCAUGUUCUAUCCCAGGGAUGAAAUGUUGUGGCAAUACUCACCGAUGUCAGAAGAUUCAGAUGACUCUAGAUUUUGUGAGACGCCUAUGAACAGUUGCUUUUCCCAUUCUGACAGCUUGCCUACUAGUCCUGUUUCCCCACAUAGAUAUCAAAGACCACUGAAUGGUUUCUGCUCUGCUCCUUCAACUAGUUCAUACCCUUCACAUGGGAAUGUCAAUUCUGUUGCUUGUUCACAGCCUCGCCAAAGAGGCUCAGAUACAGAGGGCCGGUUCCCCUCCUCACCAAGUGAUAUUUGCCACUCUGCUGACUUAAGGAGGGCAGCACUCUUGCGGUCUGUACAGAUGAGAACACAGCCUUCUGGUCCAUCAUCAUUCGAAUUGCCAUUUGGUUCAGGCCAAGAGAAUGUGCCUAAUAUUGAAGUUGAGGAGCGGCCUUGCUCAUUUAUGAAGUCGUUAGUUGAUGAUAGAGAAUAUCAGAUUGAAGAGUGUUCUUCAUCGGGUAUCUCAGAGCCUGAAUUUAGUCGAGAGAAAUCUUGCAGAGUGUCAAAGAUGAAUUUGAAAGAGGAUGAAUCCGGGGUUUAGAUGCUUUAAGAAAUGACUGAUAAAACCCGGCUCGGGCCUCAUUUGGACCUACCUUCAUUGUAGAAUUGGACCGAUUGUUGUAACAUGUAAUAAAUUUUUGUGGAGAGCGAGUCGCAAGGCCAUACUUUUUUGGUUCAUCAUCAACAGCAUCAAAUUUAUGAGUUAGCAUCUGCUGUUUCUUUGUCCUGAAUGGAAAAUUGGCUACGCGGUCUGCACCAGUCUUGUGGUCGAACUUUUCAUGACUAGAAAUUGAUCCCUGAAUAAAUUGUAUAGUCUGUUUCAUCUUCUUUCUUGUGAUUUAAAUCUGCUAAAAUUCUUCAAUAAUUAUCAUUUGAUUUGCAGGCAGGUCCACAUUCAUAGCAAAAAUUAAUUUCAGAAUCUCAGAUAAGUUAUCCAGAAGCUGGUCAGGAUUAUGCUUUGGUAGGUCUAAUUGUCAAUUUAUCCAAGCUUUGUUAAAGGAGCGUGUUAAUAGAAUAAGUUGAAAAGUGAAAAACCAAACAAAAGGAGGUUAGCAUGCCCUGGU